AUCAACAAAAGAGAUUCUUGGGUCCUAGAGACCAAAGAAAGAAUCAGCAGGAAUGCCCAGGGUGAAUGAUGGAUUGCAGAGCCUGGCUGGCACAUUUUGUGCCCUCCCCACCUCCCAAUUGCCUCAGUUACAAGUCGGAGGGCAGGCUCGGUGAUCAAGACUGGCAAGCACAUUUUAAGGUCCCAUGCUGUGGCGUUGACCCAUCUCAACUUGAGUCAGAAGAGGCAGAAGUGGAUGUGAGAGAAAGAGACACACAGAGAGACAGAGAGCCAAAGAGGGCAAGAGACUUGACUUUAAGAGACUCCUGUACUGACAACUCCAUGCAGUUCGGAACCAGAACGACUGCGGCUGAACCAGGGUUCAUGGGGACAUGGCAAAACGCUGAUACUAACCUCUUAUUCAGAAUGUCCCAACAGGCCAUUCGCUGCACAUUGGUGAACUGCACGUGUGAGUGUUUCCAGCCUGGCAAGAUUAACCUGCGGACCUGUGAUCAGUGUAAACAUGGCUGGGUGGCCCAUGCCUUGGAUAAACUCAGCACACAGCACCUAUACCACCCCACUCAAGUGGAGAUUGUGCAGUCCAACGUAGUGUUUGACAUCAGCAGCUUGAUGCUCUACGGGACGCAGGCAGUGCCUGUGCGGCUAAAGAUACUGCUAGACCGGCUCUUCAGUGUCCUGAAGCAAGAGGAGGUGCUGCACAUUCUCCACGGCCUGGGCUGGACCCUGCGGGACUAUGUCCGAGGAUACAUCCUUCAGGACGCUGCUGGCAAAGUGCUGGACCGCUGGGCCAUCAUGUCUCGGGAAGAGGAAAUCAUCACCCUUCAGCAGUUUCUGCGGUUUGGGGAAACCAAAUCCAUCGUGGAGCUUAUGGCCAUUCAGGAGAAAGAAGGGCAAGCUGUGGCCGUGCCGUCUUCAAAGACAGACUCGGAUAUAAGGACUUUCAUCGAGAGCAAUAAUCGCACCAGGAGCCCUAGCCUCCUCGCCCACUUAGAGAACAGCAAUCCUUCUAGCAUUCAUCAUUUUGAAAACAUACCGAACAGCCUUGCAUUUCUGCUUCCGUUCCAGUAUAUAAACCCUGUCUCUGCCCCACUGCUAGGGUUGCCACCCAACGGGCUGCUUUUAGAGCAGCCCGGACUGAGACUGAGGGAACCGAGCAUUUCAACCCAGAAUGAGUACAACGAGAGCAGUGAGUCUGAAGUAUCGCCUACACCAUAUAAGAGUGACCAGACGCCCAAUAGAAAUGCCCUGACUAGCAUCACUAAUGUGGAACCCAAAACUGAGCCAGCGUGUGUCUCCCCCAUCCAGAAUUCUGCCCCAGUCAGUGAUCUAAGCAAACCUGAACACCCAAAAAGUUCAUUCCGGAUUCACCGUAUGAGAAGGAUGGGGUCAGCCUCGAGGAAAGGAAGGGUUUUCUGUAAUGCCUGUGGGAAGACAUUCUAUGACAAAGGCACUCUCAAAAUCCACUACAAUGCUGUUCACCUGAAGAUUAAACAUCGAUGUACCAUUGAAGGCUGCAACAUGGUCUUUAGUUCCCUUCGAAGCCGGAAUCGUCACAGUGCAAACCCCAACCCCCGCCUUCAUAUGCCUAUGCUAAGGAAUAACCGAGACAAAGAUUUAAUUCGGGCUACAUCAGGAGCCGCCACUCCAGUCAUAGCAAGUACAAAAUCAAAUCUCACACUCACGAGUCCUGGCCGGCCCCCGAUGGGUUUUACCACUCCUCCACUAGACCCCGUCUUACAGAACCCUCUCCCAAGCCAGCUGGUAUUUUCUGGGCUAAAGACUGUACAGCCAGUUCCUCCUUUUUAUAGAAGUUUACUUACGCCAGGGGAAAUGGUGAGUCCUCCAACCUCUCUCCCAACCAGUCCCAUCAUUCCAACCAGUGGCACCAUAGAGCAGCACCCUCCUCCACCCUCUGAGCCAAUAGUGCCAGCAGUGAUGAUGGGUACUCACGAGCCCGGUGCUGACCUGGCACCUAAGAAAAAGCCUAGGAAGUCAAGCAUGCCUGUGAAAAUUGAGAAGGAAAUUAUCGAUACUGCUGACGAGUUCGAUGAUGAGGACGAUGAUCCUAAUGAUGGUGGGACCGUGGUCAACGACAUGAGUCACGGCAAUCAUUGUCAUUCCCAAGACGAGAUGAGCCCAGGCAUGUCGGUGAAGGACUUCUCUAAGCAUAACAGGACCCGGUGCAUUUCAAGAACUGAAAUAAGAAGGGCUGACAGUAUGACAUCUGAGGACCAGGAGCCUGAGCGGGACUAUGAGAAUGAGUCCGAGUCUUCAGAGCCUAAACUCGGUGAGGAGUCCAUGGUAGAAGAUGAGCACAUUCACAGUGAGGUGAGCGACAAAGUCCUGAUGAACAGUGAACGAGCCGAUGAGAACCACAGUGAGCCCUCGCACCAGGAUGUCAUCAAGGUCAAGGAGGAAUUUACAGACCCCACUUACGACAUGUUUUACAUGAGCCAGUACGGACUAUACAAUGGCGGGGGGGCCAGCAUGGCUGCCCUGCAUGAUAGUUUUACAUCGUCUCUGAAUUAUGGAAGCCCUCAAAAAUUCUCCCCUGAAGGUGACCUGUGUUCUAGUCCAGACCCCAAAAUCUGUUACGUGUGCAAGAAGAGCUUCAAAAGCUCCUACAGCGUGAAGCUUCACUACAGGAACGUUCACUUAAAAGAAAUGCAUGUCUGCACAGUGGCUGGCUGCAAUGCUGCCUUCCCCUCUCGUCGAAGCAGAGACAGACACAGUGCCAACAUAAACCUGCAUCGUAAACUGUUGACCAAAGAACUCGAUGACAUGGGCCUGGACUCAUCGCAGCCUUCCCUUAGCAAGGACCUCCGGGAUGAAUUUUUGAUGAAGAUCUAUGGUACCCAGCACCCUCUGGGGCUCGAUGUCAGGGAAGAUGCCUCCUCUCCCGCAGGGACGGAAGACUCCCACCUGAAUGGGUAUGGGAGGGGCAUGGCAGAGGACUACAUGGUCCUUGACCUGAGCACCACCUCCAGCCUCCAGUCCAGCAGCAGUAUCCAUUCCUCCAGAGAAUCCGAUGCAGGCAGCGACGAGGGGAUUCUUCUUGACGACAUUGAUGGGGCGAGUGACAGUGGGGAGUCCGCUCACAAGGCUGAGGCCCCCACCCUCCCCAGCAGCCUUGGGGCCGAAGUUUCAGGAUCUCUGAUGUUCAGCAGUUUGUCUGGGAGCAAUGGUGGGAUCAUGUGCAACAUUUGCCACAAAAUGUACAGCAACAAGGGGACCCUGAGGGUCCACUACAAAACUGUGCAUUUGCGAGAGAUGCACAAGUGCAAAGUCCCCGGCUGUAACAUGAUGUUCUCCUCUGUGCGAAGCCGAAACAGGCACAGUCAGAACCCUAAUCUCCACAAAAACAUUCCCUUCACUUCAAUAGAUUAGUCCCAGAGCGGACUCUCCAAUGCCAGCUCUCACCAGAUGGCCUACAUGUUUGAACUGCCAUAGCCAGUGUGUGCUUCCAUAGCGGGGCACAUGUGUGUGUACAUGCGUAUGCCUCUGUGUCUACACUUGUGCACACACAUUUUCUUUUCUUUAGAUAAAAACGAUAAAUACUAGGUGCUUUUGAUUUUUUUUCUUUUUCCUUUAUAGUUUUGGGAGAGGGUGGAUCUUUUGCUUGGGGUAAAAACAGAGUGUCCCUUUCAGUACACACACACACACACACACACACACACACACACACACCACAACACACAAAGCGUGCAACUAACCCCAAUUUUGAUAGAAUAAUUCUUGGUCUUCUCCAAAGAGACAUUUUGUUGUACCUAUGACUGUUGCCUGCAAAAGAAAAAAAAAACAAAUAAAGAAAUAAAUAAAUAAAAGGGGAAAAAAGAGAAAAGAAACAAAAAGGAACUUCUUAUAGUUGUCUUUUGUGAACUUUAAGGUUUUGAGAGAAUCCUUAAUUAAAGCAUGGCAGAUUCACCUGUACAUAUUUAGCCUCGAGAGGCCAACGAUGUAAAACAAUUGUAUUGAUGGUUGUUAAACUCUUCUUUAAUUUUGGCAGUUACACCCAGAUGUUAGAUAUGCAGGAAAUAAAUAGUUUGCUGGCUAGUUCUAUUCAUUUCUGUUAGCAUUGAUGCACAUUUUCUUAAAAAAAAAAACAAAAAAACAAAACAUGGUCUUGUUUUUUCCUACCUGUUAUAGUGAUAAAGUUGUGCUAGCAUGCUUCACAGCACAGAUCGGAUUUUUUAAAAUGUCCUGUACUAGUACAUAAAUCCAGUCAUGCACUUUGACACACUACAAGGGGAUGCGUAAGAUCCAUGCUUCUUUUUACCCGUAAACUAUCGCCAUACUUCAAUGAGCAUCUUUCUUUUAAAAACAACCCACUCGAAUAAAAAAUGUCUGGUCAGUAAAGGGCACAAAUGCCGAACAAAGUACUAAUGUUAACACAAAACUGCCAACUUUGCACAAAUUUUCAGAAAAGAAAAUAUAAUUAGUCACUCAACAUAACCUCAUGCCAACUUCUUGGCCACCAGAAAACUGCACACACACACACACGCACACACGGUGAUUCUUUUGAGUGCCGAAUUUAUUAGAAUCAACAUUGCAUCUGUCCUUCCUCUGUACACAUUGAGUCACAGAAAACAAAAUACCGCCGUGUGAAAGACCAAGGCGUUUCUUUUGUAGAGGCAGGAUAAUAAUUCGGGGACACAGUAGCCCAGAUUACUCACUAAAGGAGCAAGACUGCAUAAGAGACUGAACACUCAUUUUCUAGUCCCUCACCCUUAACCUUUGGAAAGAAAGACACUCCGAGCUGGGUUGGUCUGUUGAUUGAUUGUCACAAAUUCUGCAGUAGUGUCACAAGUCAGGCUGGCUUAACAGUUUCCAGCAGCUCCUGGAGGAGGCUCUGAGUACACACGAGCUGAACCUGACUUGAGCAGCACUCUUCUCCCCGGCAGCGGAAGGAGAGAGGAAGACAGGGUGUCCCUGUGUAGUGUUCCGUGUUUUCCCCACACGAAUUUGUCAGAGAGAAGUGAAAGGAAGCCCGAAACCAAGCAUGGAGAGUGAGAACAAGGGGGCGGGGGUGGGGGCUGCUCGGAACCUUUCUGUUUUGUUUUGUUUGUGAUGUUUACACAUGUUGCCUGAGCUGGUUAACCACAUUGGCAGCCUCAGCUGCCACAGCAUACUGACUAAAUGAGGAGACUUACUCAGCUUCAUAUGUAGCUAGAGUUGUGGGGUGUGCUUGUGGGCUGGGUUUUUUUUUAAUUGUCUUUUUUUUCUUUGGGGGAGGGGAAACGUCGGGGGUAAACACUAGUAUUUUGUCAACCUACCUAAUAGAAAGAGAAUGUAUUUCUUUUUUUCAUUUCAUGGCCUCAAACAUUUCUCCCAUCAGUCUAAGACUUAGAAAUGCCCUUCGUUUCAAUUUUUUCAUAGCAUUUCCAUUUUCCGUGUUUCGUAAGUUCUUUCUGUGUUGCCAUCAGCAUUCAGUUGUGUUACAUUUGCCAAAGGAAGCUGUUGAUGUUGUCUUGUCGUCAUUCCUGUGCGACUUAUUGUACCUCACCAUAUUUAUUUUUUUCCCCAAAAUUAAGGAUCAUUCAUUGGGGGUUCCGGAUUUUUUUAUUUUCUUUUUUAGAAUUUCUGAGCAGUAGACUAUUAGAGAUAAGCUAAGUGUUCCUAAAGCUUUGUCUUUGUCUCCUUCUGAAGAUGCCGCGGGCUCUGCUCAUUUAUUUCCACCUUGAGGAAAGUCCAAAAGCAUUUGCAGGACAGAAGAAACUAUAACACUCCAGUCUGUAAAUGCCCAGUGUUUACGGUAAAAGCUGAGGAAUUAGUAACUGUCUCUGUUUCCUUGUCCCUUUGAGUUUUCCCAAAGCCCAGUCACUGUGUUUUGUUGUCCUGUUAAACCAAACAAACGUGCGCCUUCGUUUUAUAACAUGCGAGACUCUGUACAGUAUGUUUGUGAAAGAUCGAACUAGAGUAAUGAACGUGUUUGCAAACAUCUGGCCAUCUCAGCCUUCUCUGUGUUGCGCUGCAGCCCUUACCCAGGGCUGGAUUCAAAGGGGAUUGAGACACAUUGUUAGAAUCUCAGCAGAAAUUGUGGAAACUGUGGUUUGGAGUUAUGUGUGUGGGGGCUAAACUACACCUUGUUUUCCGAACAUUAGUAAGCAUCUGUGUUUGAACAACCAUCAAGUGUUACGUUCAUAGAGAUGUGAGGAUUCAUCUCUACAAAACUCAGUGUUUAAGUCUAAGUGAAUGUCAGGUAAAAUGUCAAACGGUUGUCAAGUGUGAGUCACCGAGCUCUCAGGACGUCACGUCAGCCUGCAAACCAGGCCCAGGAGAAGCCUUUAUCACUUGCUACCCACCUGGCUAGUGUACUGGAGUAGUAAGAUUGAAGAAGUUGUUCUCACUAAGAAAGCAGAGUGUGUUGGGGUUGGGGAUUUAGCUCAGUGGUAGAGCGCUUGCCUAGCAAGCUCAAGGCCCUGGGUUUGGUCCUCAGCUCCGGAAAAAAAAAAGAAAGCAGAGUGUGUGCCAAUUUGACAAUGGCACUAGUUGCCGGGCAGCUGGCAGUUUUUUAGUGUCCCCUUCUUAGCCACUACUUUUGUGCCUCACAUCCCCAAUGGUUUGGGUAGCCUCUUCACAACCACGUGUUCCAAUAUAAAGCCUGUUUGCGUAAAAGGAAUGGGGAAGUAGGUGGGUGUAGGAGAUGAGAUGUUUAAUUGUGAGGUGUACAGUUGUGCUCCCACAGUAUGGCUUGUUCUUGGGUGUGCCUGAGUACAGCGUGUUCAUCCAACCGGUGUUUCUCCUGGAUGGAGGCUCCAAGGCUUGCAUGCAGAUGAUGGGAUGGAGAGACCAGUCAAGCUCUGCCCAUUCCGACCCGUUUAUCUGUUCACAAGUUUCCUGUCCCUCGACAGUUUCUAGCUCCAUCCACCCAUUUCUAGCUGACAGUUAAUAGGAACAUAAGUCUUCAUCCAAGUAGCUUCCUCCCAUUUGAUUGAUUUUUGCCCAAGUUGCAUCAUGAGUACAGAAUUAGGAAACAUUAGUUAUGCAUGUUCUCCAGCUGAUGUUGAAGUAUACUCUUUUGAUCACUUUAAACUAUGUUUUUUGUAAAUAUUAGAAGGGUUGUGUCCACUUUGGGGAAUAUCUGCAUGCUGUGGAGGGGACGGAAGAGAGCACGGAAAAAGAUGACAAGUAAUCUGGCUUUGAAAUUGUGGGGAAAGAGCCCGACACUCUUCUGCUAAUAAUUGUACUGAAGUAAACCAGCUCUGUGUAGCCCAUCCCCAGUCUUAGCACAACUGCCCUGGUCAGUCCGAUUCUUCUUACGGUUUAAACGUAGAAACAUUUUCCUUCUCAACAUGACUAGCCUCUUUCUAGAAAUCAGUGUCACUGACCUAGCGGUGUGACUUCUUUGGCCAUGACUCUCCAGUAAAAGGAGGGAGACAUCUAAUGAGUUGCAGCUAGUUAGUGCACACCUUGUUCGGAAAGAGACGGUCUGAGUCUCUGAAGAAUGAACUGGCUGAGAAGCACGCCCCCAUUGGACUCGGGAGAAGGCGUACGUACCACGUCAUAAAGUGGAGUCUUUCUCGUCUCGGUCUGUGUACUCCCGUAGAUACAUGCCAGGCACAUAGAUGAGAAUGAGGGCGGGCCCUUGGCAGUUCAAACACAGACAAGCCAAUAAUCAGACUGAGAUGGACAGCACAUACCUGAGAAGCCCUUGACCACAUCAAGUCUGCCGGCAUUGUGUUAAAUGGGAUGACGGUAAAUGGAGUCCACCUGCCCUAAGACUUGUAGCAUCUGCUAUUGUAAAGGACCGAGACGCCCAGACAGACGACUUCCAUCCGGGACCACACCCUGCUGUUCAAAGCUUUUUAAAAUUAUGACAGAUUUAAUUACUUUGCCUUUCUCCAAACUAGAAAUAUUUAAAUUAGUGGAUUUUUCUCUAUCCCAGUCUCUGUUUUUAGCAGGAGGGAUCUAACUGAGUAAAGAGGGCAAGAAAAGGCAGAACACAGUAAACAACUAGCAGAAAUGCUGGAGAGGCUGCAGUAGAAAAGACAGAGAACUGCCUCUGGUCCUGGCUUGAGUGUAGUCGGAAAUGAAAACAGCUAAUGCCCUACAAGUGUUUGUUCAGGAGAAGAAUCUAAGUCAGCUCCGCCUUGUAGUGGGUGCCAGUGCAUCCUCAAGUAUCCCGCAGAGUUCCCUGUGACCAGGUGAGUCACUGCUUAAAAAUAUAUUUAAGAUGUUCCUUAGGGGUCAGAGUAGUCAAAAAAGGCAGGUGUGAAUUUGGGGGGUGGGCUGGUUCUAUUAUUUUUGAGUGAGAAGUAACGGCCAGCGUUCCCUUGGGACCACAGAGACAAAGGAGUCACCUAGGUUAAAAGGCCAGUGAGCAAACCCACACUUCCAGUGGCAAUGAGAGAGGGAGGAGAUGCACGUGCUCUCUCUCUCCAUGUGCUGCAGCAUCCUAGAACGUUGUGUUCACAAGACCAUGUGGCUGAUGGUCUUGUCAUCACAAUGGAAGCUGAGUCACAGAGGUAACUAGUUUCAUCUUUCCCUCAGAAUUGUAUCAUUCUUUCUCCUGUUAAAAUGUAUCUGAUACAUCCCAGGCUUAUGUCCACCCACCCUGCCAUCUCAGAGAGCUCGCCAUACUGAUACUCCACAGCUCCCAUUUUUAUAGAUGACAAGGAUCCUGGUCCAUGCUCUUCCCCAUACAUUCCGCCUCCCUCCUGUGCACUUAUCCUCGGUCUUCCCACAAUUUACACAAAAAUUAUUUUUACAACCCUUCUGCAAUAAUUGGAUGACAGAUACUGUCUUUUGAGCAUUUGUCUCUUAAAAUUCCAAAUGCCUGAUAAUAGGGCUUUAAAAGUCAGGCAUUUUUUUGCAAGUACGUGUGUGUGUGUGCAUAUAUAUACAUAUAUGUAUACAUAUAUAUGUGUAUAUAUGUAUGUAUAUAUACACUACGCGCGCGCGCACACACACACACACACACUUGAAGCAGCACACUACAGUUAUCAGAAGACUAUAUUCUUCUCCAAAGUAUUCCUGUACAUUCGUUUGACCUUUACUGCAGGGGAAAAAUCAUACAGGGUUCAGGACAAGACUCAGUUUGUAAGAAAUAGCGGACCAUUAUAAGGAGGAAAGGCAGAAGCCAGAGCUGAGCAGCAAGGAGCUUUGGUUCAAUCUCCCCUCAUAUCUUUCUAAUAACUUACUUGUCACUUUAUUACCUUCCAGUAAUGUGAAUGCUGCUGACAAGACUGUCACACUAACAGCAGACAACACCCUCUCCGCUCCAGCCCCAGUUCUCCUGGCUACUUAUUGCCCUGGCCCUGAAGGGACACAAACUAAUAGUGUGCUUUCCAGUUCAGCACUUGGCCAUCAAAUAUAAAAGGAUGCGUAAUUGCCUGUUUAUCCCUGGUGAAGGGGAAAUUGAGUAGAGGGCCAGGCUUUCCCACCAGUUGCCUGCUGCACACUAUCAUUCACAAUCAGCCUGCCUCCUCCAUCUCUCCUGCCUUUCUGUCAUCCCCUCUCCCACCUCCCGGUUCUUUCCUCUAAGCACAUAUGCUCAACCACUGUGUUUUUAGGAAACUGGUGGCCGCUUCCGUGUGCUCUCCCCAGCUAUUAAGUGGACAGAUGAUUUCUUACAUAAAGGGUCAGUAGAGAGUUGCUGUCUGACUGCGCUCUGUUGCUCUGCGGUAGUAAUUCAAUCCCAUGCCCAUCCAUUUGGGGAGUGUUGGGUGUGCUCGUGCAAUUAGAGAAAAAUUUCCCCGCACAAAUAGGAGGAGGUUGCCCAUGUUCUGUGAUUAAAAGGAUUAAAAUACUUCAAUUCCUGGUCAAAAAGGAGUGUGUGUGUGUGUGUGUGUGUGUGUGUGUGUGUGUGUGUGUGUUCAUGCACGAGCGUGUGUGUUGUAAACAAGCUGCUUGUGGAUAGUGGCUGGAAAACACUGUUUGAGGAAACUUAAAUCUUUGGCAUUAAACCAUUUGCUAAGUGUACACAUGUAUCUUUCAAUAACAGACUCCAAAUCCAUAUUUAACAAGAUGGAUGAACCUUUGUUUGCCAAACUGAGCUGACAAUCAGAAUAAAAUAAGGCUCUUAUUCUUUGAACCUUAGCCAUUAAAACAGUGAGGAUCUUAAAUUUGAAAGGCAAAUUCUCCACUUUAGGAAUUUGGGAGAGGUACAAAGAUCAUGUGAGUUUUACAAAGUCAGAGAGCAGAGGCCUGAGGGACAGAUAGUGAGAAUGUUAGGUCCCAGAAUACCUGGACCCAGAUAAUGUGUCCUGUUGGCUAUUUCUGGGUACAGGGCGACUUUGAAGGUGGUUCAACAGUGGCUAGUUUUGGUUAAAUGAAAUGGGGGCUGUAUUAGCACACCUUAUGCAUGGCUGAGGGAUAUUCUGCUCUCUUCCAACUCCUACGGCAGACCCUGCUAUGAGCAGUCACCCUCCAAGUAAGGUUUUAGUCAACUAAGAGUGACCAAUGGAGGCACGUCUUUGUUGUAGACUUGCAAGGAAAGGAAGUCAGAUUUUGGAACAAGUAGCAUCAGGUCUAUGUUGACAACGCUGUGCUAAGUCACUUUGUGAACUGGUCUGAGGCUGAAAAGCAAAGCACUUUGAAAAAGGACUUUGGGUCUGAGUAAAGACAGUUUGUUGACUUUUUCUUUUAAUUUCCCUCAUGUGUAUUUAUAAUAAGCAGUUACCAAACAUCUUAAUAAAGAUGUAAUUAAAAACGCAGUUGCCAAAAUUGCACAAAUUCUGCAAGCUAAGACUAGCUUUGUCCCCCAAACUCUGAGUAACAGGGAUACAUAGGACAUUUUAUAGUCAUAAUGCUUUCUUUAGCUAAGAAUUGUCGAAGGGAAGGAAGAAUGGAAAAUGGUAUUUUAACAGAAAUGGAGAGAAGUAGAUAGUAUAAAAGUAUAUUUCUUCAAGAUAGAAUCUAAGUGCUAUACCAAGCUUUUAUACGGCUUCCUGUUGCCAAGUGUGCUGCUGACUAAAUACACCGCUGAGAUGGCAAAGGCAUCCAUUAUUAACCGGCUCUGCCCACUUCUGUUAUGGAAUCCAAGGGUAAGAGGAUGCUCUGGGGAGACCCCUGGGUGUGGGAGAAAGCUCUACUCUGCUGGCUCUGGAAAGGUUUUCGAGAAGGUGAAAACUGCAGCCCUUGCGGUGUUCUCCCACCCAGCCUGCAGGGUGAACUGAUCUGGACUGUCUUUGUGGCACUAGCUUUCUUGCCUCUUCUUUGCUAGGAGACAAAGCAUCCCCCUCGUCACUCCUGAAUCAGUGCAGUAGCUUGUGUACCCUGAUUCACAAGGCACGAUGCUCCUGAACUCCUGGCCAGUGUGCUGAGUUAAUAGGUUCACUUGAGAGGUAUAAACCAAGACUGACUGUUUAUUCUUUUAAAUUCAUACUCUGCUUGGAGCAUUUUUGCAUGUCUUUGUACAGAGUCCUUCAUUCUUCUCAUUGCCUGUCUUGCUCUCCUCUGCUUCUCUCCUACCCUCACCCUUGCCCUUUGCCCUCCUAAUGUUACCCACUCCCACAAAACAAAUAAAUCUUUUCUAGGGCAAGUGGGUAGAACACUCCCUCCUUUGGCCUGGUUUUGAUCACUUUGGAUAUGUAUGUGUUCUACCCUGCCCAGGUUUACAUAACAUGAAUUAAGCAAAUGAGAUGUUCUAGUAGUAUGUAUUAACAAGAUAGGACUAGGAUUUCUUGUAUACAGUACACUCACUUUCCUGUGCAAAUUUUGGUUCUCCUGUCUCAAGAGGAAACUUCCCUCAUCCCACCGGUGCCAGUCUCAAGAGUUGUGGGAGAGCUCAGUGUGGAUCAGGGGGACAAGGAAUACAGGGAAACUGGGCAAGACUUGGGUCUGUGGGUUGUGGCGAGGUCACUCCCUUGGCUAAGAGAAUAUGAAUCCCCCCAAUUCAAACCCUCUGGUGCAUCUCUAAGAAUGAAAGUAUUAGACUCAGCUUUUAUAUUCCAUACCUAAUGGAUAUGGAUAUAUCCUUUAUCCAUGGAGGAAGGAAGUUGAAAUAUCUUGAGGGAAAGGAAUUGCUAACCAGAUAUGUCCCUCGCUCACCUAGACUUUAGGGGUUUGGUCUUCUUUGUUUCUAGUCUCAUUUGCAUCAAGGUCUCUCCCACCAAGCUUGUGGUAGAACCAAAAUCUGUAUCAGGAAAGGCAACUGCACCAAGAGAUGUGACAGCUUGCAUCCCCGACCUAAUAAUUGUGACGUCGGUACCUUCAUGAAUACUGUAUGUAUUUUAAUCGAGGGUUUUGUUUUUGUUUCACUUUGUGGUUUGUUUCUAUUAGUAGUCUAAGGUAAUUGAAAUUGUUUAUUUACUAUUUCCUCUGUUGUAUUUUCUGUACUAUAACUGUCUACAGUAUGUCUUUUGCAUAAAAUGCAUAAGGGUUUGGGGAUGUAAAUGGAAUUUUAUUCAUAUUUUGUCCAAAUACCUCUUGUAAUUUGUAUCAAAAUUCUUGUACAAUUUUUAUAUUAAAGAUUUAUCAGUCACCGAAA